AAAUCAAAAUGAGCAACAGGACUCGGAUGAAGCUGCACAAAUCUCCGACUUUCGUCGGUGCCCCAGGUUACAUAGACUUGCUUUCAGGGAGGAAAAUGUCGAGCCCCCAGAAUUUUAAAUCACAUCCAUCACCUCCUGCAUCCGCCGAAGGAGCAUCGCAAACUGUUGAAAAUAUUCAAUCUAAUCAAUCGAAUUCAUCAGCGUUACCGACCACACCCGGAGCUUUGCAAAAGAACUUGAGGGUGCGGCAAACCGAGAAUCUCACAGUGCGCGUACAAGGCCCUGCGCAAUCUUCUACAUCAUUACCGCCACAGUCCGGUUCCGGUUCCUCUCCACCACGUUAUUCUCCAGGCUCAAAUCCUCUCCUCAACGAACAGUCGCCCAACACUGGGGCGCCAGGUACGGCGAAGCCUCCAGAGGAUGAGUUUGACUGGUUUCAUGUGGAGACCGAUGCCCAGCCGGAGGAGGAAGAAAAAGAAUAUCGGGCAAAAGGUUUAUUUGGCCUCGAUUGUUGCUACUUACCAGGGUGGGCGCGUUUCUUUGUGUACUUGUUCUCCGGUAUUGCGUUGUUUGCGACACCGGCGCUCGUGAGCCUAAUUAUCUGGAAUCCUGGAGACCCAGGAGUGUUUGAUUCGGUAUCAUCAAAAUCCGAUUUACGUGUCAGUACUGAGGUUGCAAGAUGGUCAUGCUGGUUGGGUGCUACGUGGAUUAGUUGGGUGGUGCUAUGGUACUUUAUCGAUGCACUACCCUACCUCAUCGUAGUAUUUCUGAGCAAGCUGUUUGGUGGAUACAGUGAGCGUGCUCGUGCUCGAUUAGAGUACAUGGUCGCAGUGAAGCUUUUCCUAACCAUUACCUGCUGGGCAAUUUUGACCGUCGUGUCCUAUGCUCUACUAUUCAACCAAAUGCAGCAGGUGGAUUAUUGGGAGACAGUCUUUCAUGUUUUGGUGACGGGAAUGGUGUUUGCGAUCUGCCUCCUGGUGCACAAACUUGUGUUGCAGAUUAUUGCGGUUAAUUUCCAUAGAGUCGCAUACCGGGAUCGCAUUGCAGAAUCGAAGCAUCACAUGAGAAUUCUGGACAAUCUUAAAAAGUCCAUCAAAAGUCGCACCUUUGCCGAAUUCUUUGUUCCUGCGGAGCUUAACACCGCCAAGGGACGUUCUCAGGGGGUGCUGGAGGAGGACAAUACCCGGGGCGAAAGAACCGACACACUACCUGCAGUUGAUCAGUCGCCUAGAAAGAGGACACGAAGAUCAGGGUUCUGGAAGAUGGUAGUAUCUAGACGUCGUACUGGCUCUUCUACUACCGAGGACGCCAGCUCGGCGAUGGAAAUGAUAGAGACUUCCGAUGAGACAUCAGACGUGGGGCUCGCGAAGCUUAAUACAACAUUUGAUGUCAUUGGACAGCAUGCUGAGGAAGAGGAAGUGGUCAAGUCAUCGGCGCUUGCAUCCAACGAGCUCAUCACAGCGCCACAGGUUUACGACUUGGGGCAAACCACGACCGUAGAACAAUCAGGGACAAUGAGGCGAUUAUCAAGCUCCAGCGUGAGAAACCCAACGCCAAGAUCUGCCCCACGAUCUCCAGCUAUGACACCAUCAAAGAUGUUGGACGCAACGGACCUUGGUCGUCAUAGUCGCCAUUCGACGAGACUUCCGUCUCUUCUUAGACCUAGGUCUCGUGCAUCUUCUGUUCAUCAACCCAUCGAGCAAGGGGUUCCUGAGUCACUACAUUCACCAGAUACCUCCAAUACGCUGAACAGCAUUAUGAAUCCACCCACUUUUCAUGGACAUAAAUAUAUUAGAGAACUGGCAAGAAUGGACAUCACAAGCAAUAUCCAAGCAGGAAAACUAGCGAAAAAGAUUUUCAUCGGCCUUGGUGGCAAUGAAAAGGGGUACUUGACUCUAGAUGACUUAGUAUGCACCUUCUCAAGCCCCACUGAGGCUGCAGAUGCCUUUGCUGCUCUCGAUCAAGAUGGGAACGGAUCUAUUACGCGCAAGGAGGUCAAAGAGGUCGUCAUUGGGAUGUAUCGCGAACGCCGUCGAUUGUUCCGAGCGAUGCGAGAUUUGUCGCAAGCACUUGGGAAACUGAACACGUUUUUCUAUUUUGUAACAAGCUUUGUUACCUUCUGCAUAGCACUGCCGAUUUUCGGAAUAUCACUCACCGCAAUGCUACCGUUUACAAGUUUCAUUUUGGCUCUUAGUUUUGUAUUUGGGACGGCAGCCCGUACGGCAUUUGAGUCACUUCUGUUUCUCUUUUUGACACAUCCGUAUGACGCUGGUGACCGAGUCGUUAUUGACAAUCAAAAUCUGCUCGUUGAGGAGGUUGGAGUUUUAACUACGGUUUUCAAGAGGUUGGAUGGACAACUUAUAUAUGCGCCAAAUACUUUAGUGGCGUCCAAGUUAAUUCACAAUCUCCGGAGGUCGGGUGAUCAGUCCGAAAGUAUCGAGCUUCAACUCAAUUUCGACACUCCUGAAGAGAAAUUACGAGCGCUGAAGGAGCGAAUGAUCGACUUUGUCAAAUCAGAGCCCCGAGAAUUCCAGGGAGUUUGCGAUAUCCACAUAUCAGAGAUUGAAAACCUGAAUAAAUUAAAAGUUAACGUCAUUUUGAAGCAUAAGGGCAACUGGCAAGAUGGAUCCAAGCGAUGGAAUAGGAGAACUAUGUUCAUGUUUGCCCUGAAGAAGAAUCUGCUCGAACUUGGGAUACGCUAUGCAACUCCUCCGCAGCAUAAAGCACCGGAAGUAGCGGCGCCAGUACUGACGGCCGGAAAUAAUUUUGAGCAAAAUCAGUCUCUCGCAGUCCCGCAAUCCUUUGCUAACGGAAUGAACACCGCCAUAUAAUUACUUAUUUUAUUUAUCGCUAGACACUGGCUUUUUCUGUAGAUAAUAUACUCAAUCCCUCAGUGCGACGAUCUUGGAUUUCAGUAGCCGAAGUCAUAAUGUAGCAAAAUCAACUAUUUACUAUUUACUUGAACAAACUCGUUAAUUUUUGUGGUGAGCUGGACCUACGAACAUAAGCAUCGCUAAAAGCUGAGGACCAGAACAAUUUCAUAUAGUAUUGCUGAUUUACUGGAUCGGAUGCCAAAUGAGU